AUGUUGUUGCAGAAGUGGCAUCCAGGUUUGGCCAAAUCGGCGCAGAGAUGGGCCAAUCGAUGCCUCGGACUGGUGCACGAUAACGCGACUGGCUUGUAUCUCGACGGUUUCGGCCAGAGUGGGCAAAAUAUCUUCAUUACAACGAGGAGAACGCUGUGGACUUUCCCCAUCAGAAUGUGGUACAUGGAGUACAAGGACUAUAAAUUCGGUGACGACGAAGGGAACGAUUUGCACGAGAUCGGCCACUACACUCAAAUCGCGUGGGCUACCACGCAUUUAGUAGGCUGCGGCGUGAGUCAUUGCACUGGUGGCAAGGGCCCACUCGGCAAGGAUUUCUUCAUGUACGUGUGCAACUAUGCCCCGAGCGGCAACUACAAGGGUCGCCUGGGCCAUCCGUACGUGCCGGGGAAGCCGUGCAGCAUGUGCAAGGACCACUGUUCGCGCAACAACAAACUGUGCACGAACGCGUGCUACUACACGGAUCUCUGGUCGAACUGCGCGGAACUGGCCAGGACGUUUCGUUCCUGGGUCUGCGAGACGAACACGAACGAGGGCCGGGAGCGGCGGAAGUUCUGCGGCGCCACGUGCAACUGCAACGACAAGAUCUACUACCACCACGGGUAGUGAACGAUGAAAACACCACGCCACGGCUACGCGUGGCCUUCUUCCACCCUUUCCUUCGCAUCGGUUAAAGGUUUGAAACGAUCCUGAAAACGUUGUCGCGCUACGCCUCACAACGGGGGUGAAGGGCGAAUCGCGGUCGAGGUACGAAAUUAUUUUCAAGCCAAGUUGAAAAAGAUUCUCGAAAAGAUGCUGGCUUCGAUAGAUGACCCGGAUCACCUCGGAUCGGUCGCCUCGUGCUUCGUCCUCGUAGCGCGACGAAUCCUGCCGUGCGCCGUGCAGAUUCAUCGCGGGACAAAGGGAAAUUGAAAAUUCUUCGACGAGAGGAAAAAGAGAGAGAGAGAGAGAGUGUGUAAAGUGUAGUUCGUAAAGUAAUUGACGUAAUAAUUAAGAAGAAAUAUACGCGGACACAGCCGAGACGUACGUAAAAUGUGUGUGUGUGUGUGUGUGUGUGUGUGUGUGGACAACAGGAGACAUCGGGGUUAAUUGGAUCGACGAUUAGACGAGAGGUUGAUUAAUGUUACACGUAACACGAUGUAAUGCGAGGCGUUCUCAGUUGCGCCAACCACCCUCGAUCGAUUGUAAAAGCUGUCAUACUUCGUUCACUUACCGAAAAUAAAGGCCCUGUAAAUAUUA